UGUUUGUGUGGUUCUGUCUCUGUGUACGGGAAGGCCGAGCUUUGGGUCAAUCAAUUUAUCUAUUGAUUGCUUCCGACGAUGGAGAAUGGUUUUGCUUCUCCUAGAGCCGAUGCUUUUCCGGCUGGUCUUCGUGUUCUUGUUGUUGAUGAUGAUCUGACUUGGCUCAAGAUUCUUGAGAAGAUGCUAAAAAAGUGCUCUUACGAAGUGACUACAUGUGGUUUAGCAAGAGAGGCUCUUAACAUGCUUCGCGAAAGAAAGGAUCGAUUCGAUAUUGUAAUUAGUGAUGUUAACAUGCCUGACAUGGAUGGUUUCAAGCUGCUUGAGCAUGUUGGACUUGAGAUGGAUCUACCUGUCAUCAUAAUGUCUGUUGAUGGGGAAACAAGCAGGGUGAUGAAAGGUGUUCAACAUGGGGCAUGUGAUUAUCUUCUUAAGCCUGUACGAAUGAAAGAACUUAGAAAUAUCUGGCAACAUGUCUUUAGAAAGAAAAUACAUGAGGUGAAAGAGAUCGAAAGCUUUGAAGGGUAUGAUGAUACUCGGAUUAUGAGAAAUGGAUCAGAAGAAUUUUCGGAUGGGCCAUUACCCAGUGGAGGUGAUAUGACUUCGGCAAAGAAAAGGAAAGACAUGGACAAUAAAGAGCACGAGGACCAAGAACUAAAUGAUCCUUCAGCUGUAAAGAAGGCUAGAGUAGUUUGGUCUGUAGAUCUUCACCAGAAAUUCGUCAAUGCAGUUAAUCAAAUUGGCUUUGAUAAAGUUGGUCCUAAGAAAAUACUUGAUUUGAUGAAUGUUCCUUGGUUAACCCGAGAAAAUGUUGCUAGCCACUUGCAGAAAUACCGCCUCUACUUGAGUAGAUUGCAAAAGCAAAAUGAACCAAAAGUUUCUUUUGCUGGGACAAAGCAGUCAGAUUUGAGUUCCAAAGAUACUCGUGGAGGCUUUGGCCUUCAGAGCUCAGUUUCAAUGCACCAUAAGAGUGUUGCCAAUGCCAACUAUGGAUACUGUGGGAAUGAAAUUUAUGUACAAGAUGUGGGCCCAGAAACCCAUGACGGUGAUUUGAAGGGUAUAAUUUCCUUCUUGCCCGCAACAGAACCCAAAAAAGCUUUCCCUAGUGAUACUUAUGUUCCUCAGAAGACAAAUAAUGGUUCUUGCCUCAGCCUCACUCGUUCUUGUGGAUCACUGGAGUCAGAUGCCGAUUAUGCAUCAUUUGAUUCCACUAUCCAACCUCAGCCCGCUUGGAGUGGUGAAAUUCCAGGGAUGCAAUUCAUGCAACAACAACCCAAACAAGAGCAGGACACAUUUCUUAUAAUAGAUAAUUACAUUCAUCCGGCAUUGCCUGGUCCACAGCACAAUCACCUACAGCCUACUUCAUCUGUUAAUCACAGGACUGCUAUUAUGGAUAGAGAUAAAGUCAGUCCCACUGAAAUUGAGCCUUUGCAUACUGGAUACAGAAGCAACCAUGUCAAAAAUGUAUCUCCAACAGGACACACAGUAGACCCAGGUUCUUUUCAAUCAGAAGCUGAUAUUGUGAAUCCUCAAGCUUUUGGGAGCAUGCCGCCCUCCCCAAGUGGCUCAUCGGAAUUGAAAAAUCACAGUUUCGAUGCAAGUUGCAUAAGUAGUUCAGAACCUCUCCAACAAAACAUAGUUUCAGGAAGUGGAUCAUUUCAUCUGUCUUCACACAAGGAGUUAGACCUCUCUUCACUUCAAGGCUAUGGUACUCUCGAGAAUGUUGACUUCAACCACAUAGAGUUUUUUGACUAUGAUGAUCCAGCAUUCAGUACCAACCUCCCGAUCCAUUUCUUUGAUGGAUUGCGGUCUAGCUGUGAUUAUCUCUCUGAGUCAAUGGAAUAUCCUGUAAUGGACCAGAGUCUAUUUAUAGCAUGAUUAUUUCCACUGGAGUCCGUUUCUUGUUACUCAUUAUAGAUGAAUAGUGAAGGAUCUUGUUCCAGGUAAUCAAUCUUGUAAGUGGAGUGUCUGUACUGGGGACUAAAAUUGUGUUGUCAGCUUGUCUUCCCAUCAUAUUUGGACAUUGAAGCAGUAUAAUGAGUACUUGUGAUGAUAAGCAUUUAGGUAUGUCAGAUAUGCUGCUUUGACUGUGAGUUAAACGAUGAUAUCAUCUACUUUAUCA